AUGGUAGUAGCCAAUCAAAUGAGCCCAAUUCGGGUGGAAAAGAAGAAGAUACCAACAAUCGAUCUUUCUGCUAAAGAAUCACAAGUAUCAAAGCUGAUUAUAGAAGCCUGUGAAGAAUAUGGUUUUUUCAAAGUCAUCAACCAUGGUGUCCCUCACCACAUUAUCAAAACCAUGGAAGAUGAAAGCUUUCGCUUCUUUCACAAAGCUUUACCCGAGAAACAACGGGUGGGGCCGGCCAACCCUUUUGGAUAUGGGAACAGAAACAUCGGACUUAGUGGUGAUACAGGAGAGCUUGAGUAUCUUCUUCUUCAAACAAAUCAGAACUCCAUUGCUAACGCCUGUAAACUCAUCUCCAGCGCUCCUUCAAAAUUAAGUUAUACAGUGAAUGGUUACAUAGCAGAAGUUCGGAGGUUGGCAUGUGAGAUAUUGGGCUUGAUGGCCAAAGGACUUGGCCUCCCACUUCAAGUUUUUACCACUUUGCUUACAGACAGAGAUACUGACUCACUCCUCAGACUCAAUCACUAUCCACCACCAACAGCAGCAGCAGCAGUCUCUUCUACUACUAAUAAUCCCAUUGGGUUUGGAGAGCAUUCUGACCCUCAGAUCUUGACCCUCCUCACAUCCAACGAUGUCCCUGGCCUGCAGCUAUCAUUGGGAAAUGGUCAUUGGCUACCUGUCACGCCGGACCCACAGGCUUUUUGUGUCAUCGUUGGUGACCUCUUACAGGCUAUGACAAAUGGGAGAUUUGUGAGUGCACGACAUAGAGCCAUGGCGAACACAUCAUCUACUGAAUCACGAUUGUCAAUGGUGUUCUUUGGUGGACCUCCACCCCAAACAACAAUCACAUGUCCACCACAAUUACUGAAACUAAACAAACCCCUCUACAAAGCAUUCACUUGGGCUGACUACAAAUCCCACGCCUAUGCUCAUAGGCUUGGAGAAACAAGGCUUGAUCACUUCAAGCUUUCCUAG